AAAAAAAAAACAGAAAACCCAAGUCGAGGAACUAGCCAGCAGAGGGAAUAGAUAGGUUGGGAGGUGGGGAAAAGGCAAGCGAAAAUCAAUGGAUGAAGACAGUAAUCUGAAUAUGGGAACCGCCGGGAUCAUAAGUCUGAACAAAAAUCACGGCACGAAUUCCGGAGUUCCGGACCUCACCGGCGAGGUCCACCACCUGCCCUGCUGUAUCAAGUACGACGGCCCUUCCGACGUUUCCGACUACUUCAAUCCUAAAACCACUGGGUUAGAAGUUGAUGGACUAGCAGAGCAGCAAGCGUAUUUCAGGGGCAGAAAGCUACAUGGUGUAGCGAUUCCCAUUCCAUCUGGCUAUUCUGGAUUUGUCUUGGGGAAGAAAAGUAUUGGCAAGAGGAAAGUUUCUGAUGUCAACUCUAACUGUUGGGAACCGAGUGCAAAGUUUGAGAAUAUAACUUACUGGAAUCACGACACUCUACCUUCACAAGACGAUACGUUCAUUCGGUCUCUCCAUUGGUUAUCUGUUGCAGAAGCUAAGUCAGUACACAGCAAAGUGAAGAAUCAAGGUGAAGGCAAGGCUGCUAAAUCAUCAUGGUUUAAACCUAGAGCAUUCAGCAUCAUAUGGGGAAAGGAUGGUCGCUACUGGCAUGUUCCCACGGAUGGAAGGCCGGCUGAGCUGUUACAGGCGAGUUGGCUUGAAGUAAGCACCAUCACCUCAUUGAAAGACAGCAUAGAGGCUGGGAAGAAGUAUGCAAUUUCCUUCAGGCUGCAGAUGAAGCAAGGGGCAUUCGGUUGGAAUGGUUGCUCUGUUUACUUGAUGGGUAAGAUAGGGCAGGCAGGGAAGUACACAGCUAAAAAGAUAAAGCUGUCAGAUCAAGCAGAGAUCGAUAAAGAGUUCGAGACAGAGAAGCUGGAGGUCACCGUCGCAACUGAUGCUACUGAUAUGAAGCUUUAUUUUGGGUUGUAUGAAGUCUGGACUGGCAGAUAGAAGGGUGGCC